AUGGCCAGCCACUAUCUAAAGCAGCCGGGGCGGGCCCGUGGCCACACCAUGCACGACAACCAGACACACCUCGACUCGAUGUCUACCGGAUUUCACCUCGACCCCGCGCUACUGGCCUCAAGGCGGCACUCGAGCAGCGUUUGUAUCGGCGAUCUGCAGCUCCAAAACCAACGUCGUCUCCCCAUGGCUCCGGUCCGGAAAGCGGCCAGAGUGAAGGAAACACGACGUACACGCCUGAAUACGAUCCAUUCGCAAGAAGUCUUCAACGACGUCGCCCCACGCUAUGAUUUCUACGACGACUACAAACCCAUGCAAUACAGCUACGUUGCUUACGAAUCACAGGACCGUGUCUCACGGGGCUGGCGAUGGGCCAAGCAGCGAAAACACGUGCUAAUCCCCUGGACGAUCGGCAUCGCCGUCGCCACGAUCAUGACCGUCCUCAUCGUCACGCAAACGGUUCAGGAUUUUAAACAC